AUGAGUAACAAUAGCUCAUCCACUUUCCAACAACACGCACUUCAUACCUCUAAUGCAAAUGAUACCAACGGCAUGGUCCACCACACGCACCGCAACCCUCCGAUCGUGAUCAGCAAUCUGAACGGGAGCAGAUCGUCCAGUGGUAGUCCACAUGCUUCCCCUCGGCCGAUCAAUAGACCAGCACCAUCGCCAUCGACCACACCGACGAUAUCAAUUCCAAACGUUGGGCAAUAUAUACCACUAAACACGUCGUUACCAGCAGGCAUGCAACAGGUGAUUCCACUUCAACCACCCAUGUGGAACAAUCUCUAUACUCUUUUUGCUUUGCAAGGAUCCUUUGUGCCUACCUCAUCUCAACCAACAGCACCAACCACAUCAGUAGCACCCUCUGUUCCAGCAGCAGCAGCACCAGCACCCAUUACUACUUCAAAACCACAAGCACAUGCAUCACCACCACAACCACAACCACAACCACAACCACAGUCACCUACCACCACGUCAAGUGCCUCUCAUCAAAGUGCUAUGCAUAAUGAGGCAUCAGUUACACAAGCGAACGAGACCAAUGACAAUGGCAACAUUCGCAUCCCCCCUGAGCAACAGCCUGCUGCAAACCAUGCAUCCACCACCGCCACCAACACGACACCCGAUGAUCAUAGAACAAUCAACAACCAAUCCACUCCUGAAACCCAAGAAUCCAACGCAUCUACAGAGAACUCGUCAUUAACGCCAUCAUUACCCAAGAAUAUGGUUCCAGUAAGGGUGAAAGCUCAUUUAUUUUUACAAGCAUCGCCUCGGGACUUGGAUGUUGCCAAACGAAUAGCGAUUUGGGGAAAAGUAUUGAAGAAUCAUAAGGGAGUGCGAGCACUGAAAGCGGAAUACGGCGUAUCGACAAUCGAGAACGUGGAAGAUCAGCAUGACACUGCUGCUCAAACGAAUAUAGACACCGAGGAUAUCGACACUGAUGUGAUAAUGGAGAACGCUGUGAAUGAGGAAGUUGGCACCAUCACCAACUCAGCUACCGACAAUGUCGUGGAUGAAGAACCCUAUGUUGAUAUCGAUCACAGUAUGGAAGAGAAUGAUGAUCAACAACAACCCGCAAGUAGCGUGGAUGAGGAACAACCAAAAAGUGGGAUGGAUGAGCAACAACCAACAAAUAGCGUGGAUGAGCAACAACCAACAAGUGACGUGCAUGAGCAACAACCAACAAGUGGCGUGCAUGAGCAAGAAUCAGAAAGUAGCAUUGAUGAGCAGCAACAACCAACAAGUAGCGUGGAUGAGCAACAACCAACAAGUAAUGUGGAUGAGCAAGAACCAGAAAGUAGCAUGAAGCAGCAGGAUAUGGAUAUGAGACCUCUGCCAGCAUGGAGACUCCCUGACAAUGAUAUGGAUGUCGAUGCGAUGGAUAUUGAAGCUUGGACCAAUCAUUGGAAAGAAUAUGAUCCAGAAUACUGCUGUAUAUGUAUCAAGAACGAUCCCAGUCCAGAAAACAAGCUGGUGUAUUGUAGUAAUCCACUUUGUGAGGUCGUGGUGCACCAAGAUUGCUAUGGGAUAGUCGAGAUACCUUCAGCAGAUGAGCCAUGGUAUUGCGAUCGAUGUGAAGGAAGCCCACACGACUUGAGGGUGGUUGGUUGUGCUGUAUGUCCUAGUACAAGAGGUGCAUUCAGGCGAUUGAAAGUGCCAGUUGGUGGUAUGGAAUGGAUUCACGUUGGAUGUGCUGUUCGAUUGCCCGAAGCAAGUUUUGGAAACCACAAGAUGAAAACGGAGAUUGAGUUGCCAGGAUACCACGGUGACAUGUGGCAAGGGCAUUGUGAGCUUUGUCCAAAUGAAUUAUUUGCUCGUUAUGGUGGCUAUACCGUUUGUAAGCAGAAGGGUUGUAAUGCCCGGGCCCAUCCAUCUUGUGGUAUGCAAUUUUACCAUAGCAGCAAAAUACACGUUCCAUCUUUUCGGUGUGCCCACCAUCGUUCAUUCCAUAUGGUUAAAAAUAUGGACCUCAAUCCAUGGGAGCUUUGGGUGAAUAUGCGUGAUGACUGGUUACAGCGACAAGAAUCAUUGGGUUUUGUUCAACUUACAUGGUCAAAUGUUAUGGAGCCUAUUUAUCUACAUGAUCAUCCGAGCCCGGACAUGAUUGCAGAGAGCUCAAAGCAAUUUGUGAACGUGAUCAGCCAGCAUCUCGUGGGUCUUAUGAAGAAGGAACUUCGAAACGUGGAUCGGGCAAGAAGUAGUACACACCGUCUCAAGCGAACGCUUUGUUCAGCCAAUGUCAAAGCGGGCAAAGUGUGCAAACAUGUCGACAAGGUCCAACAGCGUGUGAAACGGGUUUCUUUUCUACGAGACAAGAUCCGGCAAUAUUCAAUUGAUAUUCGUGGGUUUAUGGAGAUGGUUUUACUUCAGCUUGAUGCAACUCGAUCGAAGGAAAAGGCUCUUGCAAGCGCAGCAGCCACGAAGCGUGCUUCAUCAUCAUCAUCAUCCACCCAACCCUCUCGUCGACGAAAGAGAUCAUUGAGUGCAGAAUCGUAUACCACUGCUAAUGACCAACCUGUAAGCUCGCCUAUUACGCCACCAACCACCGAAAUGGAGAAGGAUUCUAUGGGAAAGAAAAAGGGCAAGGGAAAAGCCGUUGCUGUCAACAUUCCAAAGACGUCUCAAACGAGUGCUGGUGUAUCGAUACCCAAUGCUCAGUUGUCCAAUUCACAAAGACCUUUGAAGAAGCGAUCCAAGAUUGAUGCAACACAACAAUCGACCCAGAAACCAGCAGCUACUACUUUGGACGAACCCAACAAAGCAGAGACAACUGCUAUGGAAAUUGAAACAUCACCACAACCACAACCACAACCACAACCAGCUGUUACUGCUGAUGCCACUACUAUUGACAAGCCGAUAACUCCAGAGAUGGCUUAUGUAGAGGUUGAAACAUCACCAUCAUCAACAUCAUCAUCCGCAGCGACCAAUGAAGCAGCAAAGGCAACCUCGAAAGAAUUAGAUGCAAAGAAAGCGGAUGAAUCAACAAAGGUUUCUGUACAGCAGAAAGAGGCAGUUAUCGAGGAAGAUAUCGAUACGAGUAUGCAAGAGACACAAGCAUCAAUGGCCACGACAACAACAACAACAACAACCAGUGAAGAAGAAAACCAACAAUCACAAUCCACUAUUGAGCGAACCAUCCAACCUGGUACUGAGGCAUCGAUGCCCAUUAUUAUUGAUGAACCAGAGUCUGACGUUGAAAUGUCACCUGCACCCACGGUUGAAAAACCACCAUCACCAUCAGCAACAACAUCGAUGAUCACCACCACUAUUGAAAAUCCAUCAACACCACCUGCAACCACCGCCACCACCACUGUUGAAGAAUCAUCGCCACCACCUGCAACAACAACAACGGCCACUACCAAUGUUGAAGAAUCAUCAUCACCACCUGCAUCAACAACAACCACCGUUGAAGAAUCAUCAUUACCACCUGCAACAAUAACAACAGCAACCAAUGUUGUAGAAUCAUCACCACAACCUGCAACAACAACCGUUGAAGAAGCAUCACUACCACCUGCAACAACGACAACAACAACCGUUGAAGAAGCAUCACUACCACCUGCAACAACAGCUGUUGAGGAACCGGCUAAAGCAGCUGCAGAGCAACCCAAGGAGGAUGCUUCGUCAAAGGAUGAUACACAAAGAAAGGCACCACGCAAACGAGGAAUGAAGACUAGAGGUGCAAAGAAACAAAGAGAAGUAAAGGAAACAAGAGAAUCGCCUUAUAAGCCAGGCUCCAAAUGGUGGAUUUGGGUUGAAGAGUAUACCCAAGGGUUACGCCAGAGAGAAAAGACCAAAGGACCUUUGGUGUGCAAAGAAUGUGGACAACACAAUAUACCCGAAUCAACGCUUGCUGAUCUCAAAUACAACCCUGAUGAAUUGGCGAAUCCUUCAAAGAAGCCAUAUGGCUAUACUGGUACUGGUGACCAUUGGAAUCCCUCUGUUUUCAUCGAAUGUAUCGGCUGCAAAGACGUUUACCAUUGUGGAUGUAGCGCCAUCCCCGUCAAGAAAUACCCGUCAAAGAACGAGUCUUUCUUUUGUGAAGAUUGUUUGGAAGCAUUCGAAGCCAACAAAACGUACAAACGUGUAGGGUAUGGUCUGGACGAUAGAGCACCCCAAGGUCCAAGAAGACGACAACGUAUCAAUUACAAAGAGUAG